AUGGUGAUAAGAAAGGGUGAGACAUUGAAAACUUACUUUGAUAGGUAUUGGAAGACAUUUAAUGAGAUAGAUGGAGAUUUUGAAGACGUGGCAAUAAGGAUGUUUAAGGUCAACCUUCCUACUGAGCAUGAAUUAAGGAAAUCCUUGACAAAGAAACUAGUGCAAAGCAUACGUCAGCUCAUGGAUCGAAUUGAUAAAUAUAAACAGGUUGAGGAUGAUCAGCCGCAAGGAAAGGGGAAGGCAAAAGUGGCUCCCCCUGACCGAAAAGACUUUAGGUCUAAUAAUAACCGACCCCGGAGAGACUUUACUGGACGUACUGGGCUUCCUGCUGCCCAGGUGGUUAUCACAGUAUUUAAGGAGCCUGUGCAUCAAAUUCUUGAGAAGAUAAAGGACCGUAGACAUACUACAGAAGAUUGUAGAACUUUGCGUAACUAUCUUGAUCAGCUGGUCAAGAUCAGGAAAUUAGGGCAAUUUUUACACCAGCCUCCUGGACAAGGGAGUCAUAUUGGGUCGAUGUAUAGGAGGGAAUCUUCCUUGAGACCGCCCUUGGGAACCAUCAGUGUUAUCCUAGCAGCCCAGGGUAGGAUUGGGACAUGUUCACCUGGGGUAAUGUCAAUAGCACAACCAUGUACCAAGGACAUGGUCCCCAAGUUUAAACAAGGAAGAAUCGAAACCCGACUAGCCUUGAGUUUUUCUUAUGAUGAUAAGGUGGAAACAAUUCAACCACAUGAUGACGCCUUAGUGGUUACUUUUCGUAUAAGAGGGUAUGAUGUAAAGAGGGUCUUGGUCGAUCAGGGUAGUGGCGUAGAGAUCAUAUAUCUCGACCUGUACAAAGGACUUAAUCUAAAGGCCAAGGAUCUAGUUAGCUACAACUCCCCUCUAGUGGGCUUUGACGGGAAAACCGUUACCCCAAAAGGCCUGAUCAAGCUACCUGUUCAAGUGGGGUCAGAAGUGGUGAAAGUGGAUUUCAUUGUGGUGGAUGCUUAUUCACCAUAUACUCCUAUCUUAGCAAGACCGUGGCUUCAUACUAUAGGAGUUGUUUCCUCGACUUUGUAUUUAAAGGUGAAGUAUCCCUCUAGGGACCAUGUUGAAGAGUUGAUUGGAAGCCAAGCCAUGGCAAAGUAA